AUGGCUAACCAUACAAAACUCGAGUUCGUUGCCCUUGAUAUUUCGGGCAAGAACUACCUAUCAUGGGUGCUAGAUGCUGAAAUCUAUCUUGAUCCUAUGGGUCUUGGAGACACCAUUAAAGAAAAUAAUAAAGCAUCCAACCAAAAAAAUGCCAAGGCUAUGAUAUUCUUGCGUCAUCAUCUUGAUGAGGACCUGAAAAUUGAAUAUCUUACUAUUAAGGAUCCACCCGUUUUAUGGAAAAACUUGAAAGAAAGGUAUGACCACCUGAAGAUGGUCUUCCUCCCAAAAGCACGACACGAAUGGAUCAAUCUAAGGCUACAAGAUUUCAAAUCAGUUAUGAAGUAUAACUCUGAGAUGUUCAGAAUUACUUCUAUAUUGACACUAUGUGGAGAAAAGAUUAGUGAUUCUGAUAAGCUGGAAAAGACGUUCUCCACUUUUCAUGCCUCGAAUGUGCUCCUACAACAGCAAUAUCGAGAGAAAGGUUUCACAAAGUAUUGUGAUUUGAUUGUUCAUCUUCUUGUGGCAGAACAAAAUAAUGAUUUGCUGAUGAAAAAUCACGAGAAUCGACCUACUGGCGCUGCACAACUCCCCGAAAAAAAUCACCACCAAAAGGGGAAAAAUAAGGAUGAUAGGCAUGAAGUGCCAGAAGCACGUGGCUCAGCAAACAAAUGCUAUCGAUGUGGUGGAAGUGGACACUGGGCACGUACCUAUCGUACGGCGAAGCGCUUGAUUGAGCUUUAUCAGGCAUCAAUUAAAAGAAAAGAGAAAAAUCCCGAAGCUAAUUUUAUCUCUGAAAAUCAAAUUGACAUCACACAAUUGGAUGUAGCAGAUUUCUUUGAGCACCCUGAAGAAAAGAUAGAUCACUUGAUUGGUGAUGGUUCUGUGGUUAGAGAUAAUUGA